AUGAAUGACAAUUUGCGAGAUGCAUUGAUAACCAACUAUGAUAGUUCAAAUAUAUCUAUUAAAUAAUCAAAUAUAGAAGGUGAGUGUGUAAUUGAGGGCAUUACCCUGCUGAGAAUCAAAAAAUUAAAGCUCGUUUUAGCAGUUUUCCUUUCAAUCAUCACUUGCGGAAUAUUCCUUCUUUUACUAAGAUGGUUUUUCAAACUGAGAAAAACUUUUCUUUACAAAGAAGUUUACAAAAUUUAAGAUUGCACUCAUGUAUUAGUGCUUAAUUCUGAUAAAACUCUAGUCUUUUAGAAUCUCGAAAAUAAUGAUUUAAAAGCAAAUUAGAAAGAUGAUUAGUCUUAUGAUAAGGCUUUCUGCUUUUAGAAUAGAAUGCUAAGAUAUGUCUACUAUGAGUAAAAAGGUUUAAGAUACUUUCAAGCUUUAGAAUUUCCUGUUAUUGAAAUGGACUUCAAUUAGUUAAGAUAAUAGAACUUUUUAGAUAAGAAUUAGGUUCAUGACAAUUAAUAGCAUUAUGGUAAAUGUGAAAGAGUCAUUGAUAUCCCUUCUUUGCCUUCAUAUCUGUUUAAAGAAAUGACAUCACCCUUCUACUUUUUACAAUAUAUUAGUAUGUUAUUAUGGAUAUUCGAGACCUAUAUCUAGUUUUCUAUUAUGAUUUUUAGUGUUUCUUUUGCUGUCACUUGUCUGAAUUACAUUAUGAUGAGAAUCUCGCUUAAAAAACUAUAAUAAAUGGCUCAUAUAAACGACAACCUAACUGUUCUAAGAAAAAGUACUUCUUAACUACCUUGCGAUUACAUUCCUGGUGAUGAAGGUGAAGCCUAAUAAAUACUAACCAAAGAAUUAGCUGUUGGAGAUAUUAUAGUUUUACAGGAUAAAUAAGUCCUUCCGUGUGACUGUAUUCUUAUUUGUGGAGAAGCAUUGCUUAAUGAAGUAACUCUAACCGGAGAGUCUCUACCAAUACCAAAGUAUCCUUUGCCAUCCUAAAAUUAAAAGUUUUCUUACUCAAAAAAUUUCAAUAAAUACAUCUUAUAUGAAGGCACAGAGAUAUUUUAAUCUAAGAAGGAUUAAAAUUAAUAAGUACUUGCCAAAGUUAUACGCGUUGGCUUCUAAUCUUUUAAAGGGUAAAUUUUGAGAUCAGUGCUCUAUCCAAAGCCAUUAAAAUUCGAUUACUACCUAAAUGCUAUGUAUUAUUUAGUUGGACUUCUUGUUAUUGUUCUGAUUGUUUAUUUUAGUAGAAUCUAUCAAAUGUAUGUCUUAAAUUUUCCAUAACAGUUUUAUUUUUAUAGAUUCUUUGAUACUGUUACAUGGAUUAUUCCUCCUUUUCUCCCUAUUUUUGCCGCUAUAAGUCAAACACUCGCUAUGAUGAGACUAAGAUUGUACCAUAUCUACGGAAUUGAUCCUUAAAAGACAUUUAUUUCAGGAAAAGUUACUCACAUGUGCUUUGAUAAAACUGGGACUCUAACACAGAAUGGAAUGAAUGUAUAUGGCUACUUCAAUGAAAACCUUGAUUAAAUGAUUACAAAGUAAAUGGUGCAAGAAGAAAAUAGAUGUAAUGAUAUUUAGCAUAAGCUUUUUAGUACUUGCCAUGGAGCUUACCUAAUCAAUGGUGAAAUUGUUGGAGAUAUGUUGGAUAUUGAGAUGGUUAAGUUUUCAGGAUACUAAAUUUAAAAUGUUUAAGAUAACAUAAAUAUUAAAUUUAAGAGCUCACACCCAAAUACUUAGAAUGAGUUGUAAGUAAUGAAGAUGUUUGAAUUUUCAUCCGAAAUGUAAUCUAUGUCUUGCGUAGCUUAUGAUAUAAAAGCAUAAAAGAGCUAUUUGUUUUUAAAAGGCGCUCCAGAAAAAGUUCGUGAUAUGUGUUAAUCAUCUACUAUCCCAAGCAAUUUUAAAUACAUGUAGAAUAAGCUUUCUUUAAAAGGGUUUAGACUUAUUGCUAUGGCUUAUAAGGAAUUAAGCUCUUCGAAAGAAGCGAUUGAUCUUACAAGAGAAGAACUUGAAUAAAAUCUUAGGUUUUUAGGAUUUUUAAUUUUAGAAAACUAACUCAAAGAAGACACUCCUGAAGCAAUAUAAAGCUUAAAAGAAGCUCAGAUUGAAUGCAAAAUAAUUUCGGGUGACAAUCCUCUCACAACUUUAUAAACUGGUAUUGAGUGUUAAAUAGUAGACGGAAACAGAAAAGUUUAUUAUAUAGACAUAGAAAAUUCAUAAAUAAAUCUAUCUCUGAUUGAGAAUGAAGAAAUAAAACCUUAUCAAAUCCAAAAUUAAUCUGAAAUUCAAACAAUCACAUAAUUAAUAAGCUAAGAAGAGUAAUUUGUAAUAACUGGAAAAGUUUUAGAUCAUUUCUAUGAUAAUCUGAGAAAUGCGAGUAGCAUUAGUUUACAAUAGCUUUCUGACAUUAAUUAUUCAAUUGUUUCAGAAAAUAAGAGUCUUACAUCUUCUUUGAGGAGUAAAAGCUAAUAUCCCAAUGAUUUAUUCUAGCAGUUAAUCUGUAAGACAUAAAUCUUUUCUAGAAUGAGACCAGAAUAAAAAAGAAUAAUCAUAGAAACUCUGUAAAAUUCAGGUAUAAAAGUAGGAAUGAUAGGUGAUGGUGCUAAUGAUUGCGCAGCAAUUAAAUAAGGUGACAUAGGAAUUUCUUUUGCCUGCGCCGAUGCAGCCUUUUCAGCACCUUUUUCUUCUAAGAGCUAGUCUAUUAAAUGUGUAGAAAGAAUAUUAUUAGAAGGUAGAUGCACUAUGGCAAUAAAUAUAGAAGUUUUUAGAAAUAUUGUCACUCAAAAUGUUAUGAAAUAUAUUUCUGUUAUGAUUCUAUUAUAAGAAGCCCAAAAUUUUGGCAGUUUGGAGUUUACUUAUCUUGGCUUUUUGAUUGGAAUUCCUAUAGUUGCUUUUAUUGCCUACAGCAAACCUCCAACUAAACUGCAACCCUAUGUUCCAGAUGACAAGUUUUAUGGCUUAUAUAACACUUUAUCAAUGUACAGCUAAUUUAUUAUUUUUGGAGUAGCUUUCUUUUUGGGUUAUUGGGUAAUAACUUCUUAAAGCUGGCAUGUAGUUACUACUGAGUUAGAUGAAAGCAACGGAUUAAAAGCUUAUAACAUGUCUGGUGAAUUAAACUCAGUAAUUUUCCUCAUGAUUAAUCCCUUGUAUAACCUAUCUUGCAUAGUAUAUCACAUAUCAUAUCCCUUUAAAUAAUCUAUUUUUAAAAAUAUUUUUUUGUUUCCUUGGUUGGUAAUUUCUACUCCCUACUUACUUCUUACUAUUAUUAUGCCUGAAUACAAUAUAUCAGCUCUCGAUAUAUCAAGCAGUCUAAGUGAGCAUAGGAUCAUAAUGCUCUAUGUUUUAAUUAUAGUAAUUAGCUCCUUUUUUAUCUCGUUCUUCCUUGAAAAAUUAAUAUUAAAAAAGAUAUUUGGGCCUAAGAAAAUAAAAGAGACUAUUUGA